GGUCUGGAGAGCUGUCUGAAGGGACCGGACAAUUACAACAGCCAGGUUUUAAUUGAAGCCACCGUCAUCGCUCUGACCAAGCUGCAGCCUCUUCUCAGCAAGGACUCACCGAUGCACAAAGCUCUGUUCUGGGUGGCAGUAGCUGUGCUGCAGCUGGAUGAGGUCAACCUGUACUCUGCUGGGACGGCCCUCCUGGAGCAGAACCUCCACACUCUGGACACCAUGCGUGUCUUCAACGACAAGAGUCCAGAGGAAGUGUUCAUGGAAAUCAGGCGUCCUCUGGAGUGGCACUGCAAGCAGAUGGAUCAUUUUGUGGGCCUCAACUUUAGCGCUAACUUUAACUUUGCUCUGGUGGGCCACCUGCUGAAAGGUUACAGACACCCAUCACCUACCACUGUAGCCAGGACUGUGCGAAUCCUGCACACGCUGCUGACCCUGACCAGCAAACAUCUCAAAUGUGACAAAUUUGAGGUGAACACUCAGAGUGUGGCUUAUCUGGCUGCUUUGCUCACCGUAUCAGAGGAGGUCAGAAGUCGCUGCAGCCUCAAGCACAGGAAGUCCCUCCUUAUUUCUGAUGUCUCCAUGGACCCUGUGCCAAUGGACACGUACAUGAGUCACCUCAGUGACACUGGUUGCAGAACUCUACAAACACCUCAGCCAUGGACAUCCCCUCAGAUUUCAGACCGCUACCUUUCCACCCAUCCUUACCCCACCAUGGGUCAGAUCAGCCCCCGAACACGCAAAUCCAUGAGCCUGGACAUGGGCCAGCCCUCACAGGCCAACACGAAGAAGCUCCUGGGCACCAGGAAGAGUUUUGAUCAUCUCAUAUCAGACUCCAAAGCACCAAAGAGACCAGAGAUGGAGUCUGGGAUGACCACUCCUCCCAAGAUGAGGCGUGUAGCAGAGAACGACUAUGAAAUAGAGCCACAAAGAAUUGGAAACUCUCACCUUCGUAAGGUGUCUGUAUCAGAGUCCAAUGUUUUGCUCGAUGAAGAAGUUCUGACCGAUCCAAAAAUCCAGGCUCUGCUGCUUACUGUGCUGGCCACCCAAGUCAAAUACACCACAGAUGACUUCGACCAGCGGAUUCUGUACGAGUACCUGGCUGAGGCUAGUGUCGUCUUUCCAAAGGUGUUUCCUGUUGUCAAACACAGAUCCCAGACUACGCUGAGCUCAUCGUCAAGUUUCUGGAGGCGUUGAUUGACAGUUACUUACCGACAGCCGAUGAGGAGCGAGGGGAGGAGCAACUACGGACCCCCACCUCACCAUACCCCCCCACCAGCCAGAGCCAGCUGAGCAUCACUGCCAACCUAAACCUGUCCAACUCCAUGACCUCACUGGCCACCUCACAGCACUCACCAGGCGUGGACAAAGAGAAUGUGCAGCUGUCCCCCAGCUCAGCUCUGUCCAGCGGGGUGCGCACUCGUCAUGGCUCAGCCAGUCAGGUGCAGAAGCAGCGCAGCGCCGGCAGCUUUAAGAGACCCAGCAUCAAGAAGAUAGUCUGAUCCAGUUUCCAGCCCCUGAGGUGUUCUGGCUGCGCUGCUUUCACUCUGUCCUCCUCCUCCUUCAGUGUCAGUGCUUUAGAAGAAAUCUGGACUUGUCUUUGAGGAACCGGAGGAACAUGGAGGGGAACCGGACACGUCUGCUCCUCACUGGGUUCCACAAGACAUUGUUGUUCUCUGAAAAGGUGGCUCAUGAGAAAUCCAAGCUUCAGACCGCAGCAGAACAGACUGAUACUUGAAGCUGAAGUCUGGUUGGUUGCAUGUUUUUAGGUUCUGUGACACAGACCAGAACCACUCUGGACCUCCCUCCUUCAGUCCUGUACAUAUUUGAUAUAGACAGAUGUAAAAUACUUUGUGUUCCUGUA